AUUUUUAAAACUAAAAUUAUAUAUUAUGAUGUACUGACAAUUUCGGGUUUUGAAAACGAGUUCGUACAUGCGUUGGGCCACCUUAAACACGAGAUUGGGCUUGUGAGCCUUGGGCCAAACCCAAACACAUUAGAAAAAAAACAUAGCUAUAUAAAUCAACUUAACUACUCAUCUCCAUUUACGAACAAAACUUAUAAACCCUAAUAAUGUCUAGCAUCAGCCGCCCACACACUCAGACUUUUCCCUCUUUCUUUUUCUCUUUGAUAAACACCAUAAACAUCUACACCCACAAUUCUGCUUUACCUUUACACAUACGUACAAAUGAGUUUAAAGAUAAAUUAUGAGAGAGAUUUAGAGAGGGGAGGAGCUGGUCCAGAUCUGGCAGUUUCGGGUGGCCUUUAGCGACAGCGAACGACGGCCCUCCAAGGUCGGAGGCGGAUCAAGAUAGCUUUAAAAGCCGGCGACUAGCGGCGCUCCGGCAAUUACAGCCAGAUCUCGCCAAUCUGUCAAGGUUCAGUCAUGAACCUGAAUCGCGUUGACGGAUGCGGUGGUUUCUUGGCCAUUCAAGACCCGUGUUCGAGCAAAUGGGUAACCAAUUCGGGAUUUUGUUCGGUUCCGAGUCAGUUUUCCUCGAAACUGGAAUCCAACUUGAGCCACCGAACCGAAGCCAGCAUUAAGCGCAGUUGCCGCAGGUCCCUCCAAGUUAAAAUCGUCAGUGUCAAAGCAAACACCGUUCUAGGUAGUUCUUCUCGUGUGGAUUUCUCUAUCUUUCUUCGUGCGUUAUUUUACAAGAAGUCGCAAACGCAACCACUCAUAAUCUCUAGACUACACCAACUUUCCUCGCGGUUUAAGUGUACUUCCUACGUAACCAAUGUUGAGGUUUGAUGAUACUAUGAAAACGGACUAGCAAAAAUGCCUAGAUACUCACUUAGACGUCUUAGGUCAAAUACGCUGUAUAAAUUUCAUUUUUGUUGUUGUAUUGUUCUCUUGUAUUUUUAAUGUAUUGUAACUUUUAUUCAUAAAUGAAAUCAAUUUAUCUUUAAUUC